CGCCACCGUAAUCAUCAUGACUACGACGUUAGCGAAGAUCGCCGAAAUAGAGGCUGAGAUGGCCCGCACACAGAAGAACAAGGCCACAGCCCACCAUCUGGGGCUACUGAAGGCUCGCCUGGCCAAGCUGCGUCGAGAGCUCAUCACCCCAAAAGGAGGUGGAGGGGGUGGUCCAGGAGAAGGUUUUGAUGUUGCGAAGACUGGCGAUGCUCGCAUAGGAUUUGUUGGCUUCCCAUCAGUGGGCAAAUCUACUUUGCUGAGCAACCUUGCCGGAGUGUACUCAGAAGUGGCAGCCUAUGAGUUCACAACACUGACAACUGUGCCUGGAGUAAUUAGAUACAAAGGAGCAAAAAUACAGCUUCUUGACCUUCCUGGAAUUAUUGAGGGUGCCAAAGACGGGAAGGGCAGAGGUCGCCAGGUCAUUGCAGUUGCUCGAACCUGCAACCUUAUUCUGAUAGUUCUGGAUGUUCUGAAGCCUCUGGGUCAUAAGAAGAUCAUUGAGAAUGAGUUGGAGGGCUUUGGAAUACGGUUGAAUAGCAAACCUCCCAAUAUCGGCUUUAAGAAAAAGGAUAAAGGAGGCAUCAACCUCACAGCCACUUGCCCGCAGAGUGAGUUGGACACCGAAACAGUGAAGAGCAUCUUAGCGGAGUAUAAAAUUCAUAAUGCAGACGUCACACUACGCAGUGAUGUUACUGCCGAUGACCUCAUUGAUGUGGUUGAAGGAAACAGAGUCUACAUUCCUUGCAUUUAUGUGUUGAACAAAAUCGACCAGAUCUCCAUUGAGGAGCUAGACAUAAUUUACAAGGUGAAUCAUUGUGUUCCAAUCUCUGCUCACCACCGGUGGAACUUUGAUGACCUGUUGGAGAAAAUCUGGGACUACCUGAAACUUGUACGAAUUUACACAAAGCCUAAAGGACAGCUCCCAGAUUAUACAUCUCCAGUGGUGUUGCCAGACUCCAGGACCACUGUAGAGGAUUUCUGCAUGAAGAUUCACAAAAACCUUAUCAAAGAGUUUAAAUAUGCACUUGUGUGGGGCUCAUCUGUCAAACACAAUCCACAAAAAGUUGGCAAAGAUCAUACGAUGGAGGAUGAAGAUGUCAUUCAGAUUGUGAAGAAAUAAAACUGUCUUCUGGCCAUUCGUCCUUGAUGACCUUUCAGAAAGAAGGCUGAUUGUCAAGCGUUAUGUACAGGAGUGUGCUCCUGCCUGAACUGUACUAUGCAGUCUAGGUGUGUUACAUUUAGACCUGAUUAAAGU